GAGGCCUUAAGUCACGAAUCAUCGCCUCCGUGGCGGCUUUGUUGCCAGUUUGUUAUGUCCAAUAGGCUCGAGUCGGUGGCCUGUCGCUUUAAAUAUUCCUGCCGAAAAGGAUCAUGGGUAAUACAUCUCCUUUCGCUUCUCGCUCUGCGGGAGGAGGGACGAUCGCGCUUCAGUAAAUCUUCCGGAAUUUGGAUCGAAUGUUGUGAAUCCUCGACGCGGGACGUCCCUGAUCACGACUUUGGUGGACUAAAACACCAUUCGUUCAAUCUUCGUGUCCUGUUGGAGGCGUCUCGUGCACCUUGAAGCUUCUCGACCUAGCAUAGCAUAGCAUAGCCUAGCUUAGCUUAGCUCGCUAACAAAGAGACGCGUUUGUGAUCAACACUUCGCUAAGCAGAGAUCAAGCGUGAGAGCGGAAAGUGUUGUGAAAAUGUGUGCAAGAAGGACAGCAGAGUACAAGGAAGAAGUUUUUGGACCACAAGAGGAGAAGGAGCCACAAUGUCAACUCCUGGACGCUGUGUUGACUCUGCAGCCUCCAACUGCGCUGCACAGAGCAGACAUCACUGAAGAUCUUCGUACUGAGCGGCAGGAGCCAGAGCCCCCUCACAUUAAAGAGGAAGUGGAGGACGAAGAGCUCCACCACAUGAAAAUGGAAGAGGAGCCCAUUUUGAUAAAAAAAGAGGAGGAGGAAGUGAGCCCCCACACCGAAGAGGAAAUCACCAAGUUUCCAUCAACUGGUGUCCCUUUGAAGAGUGAAGAUGAAGGUCCAAGUGAGGAGAGCAGAGGGGCGGAGCCUCCAAGCAGCAGCUCAAGUCAACACAUGACAGCAGAAGGUGACCGAAACCACCGUGGAGGAUCACAAGCAGGCGGCCUCUUAGCUCAACAAUCAGAUAGUGACGACAUGACGUUACACUCUGCUCACACUGAUGAAGAUGAUGAUGAUGAACAGCCGGAAGAUGAUAUGACAUAUCACAUUGACAGCAAACGAUGGAAAUGCUUUCAGUGUGGGAAAACAUUUGCUUAUAAGAGCAUUUUAAAAGAACAUGUGAGAGCCCACACUGGUGAGAAACCCUUUGCCUGCUCAGUUUGUGGUCAAAGAUUCAUUCAGAAGGGAAAAUUAACUAAACACACAAGAACCCACACUGGUCAGAAACCUUUUUCCUGCUCAGUUUGUGGUCAAAGAUUUUCUGAAAAGGGAAAGUUCAAAAUACACACAAGAACCCACACUGGUGAGAAACCCUUUUCCUGCACAGUUUGUGGUCAAAGAUUCUCUGUGAAGGGAAGCUUAAAAAUACACACAAGAACCCACACUGGAGAGAAACCUUUUUCCUGCUCCGUUUGUGGUCAAAGAUUCUCUGUGAAGGGAAGCUUAAAAAUGCACACACGAACACACACUGGCGAGAAACCUUUUGCCUGCUCAGUUUGUGGUCAAAGAUUCUCUGUGAAGGGAAGCUUAAAAAUACACACUCGAACACACACUGGCGAAAAACCUUUUUCCUGCACAGUUUGUGGUAAAACAUUUACUCGGAAGACAGAUUUAACAAUACACACAAGAACCCACACUGGUGAGAAACCUUUUUCCUGCUCAGUUUGUGGUCAAAGAUUCUCAAUGAAGCGACACUUAAAAAAACACACAAGAACCCACACUGGUGAGAAACCCUUUUCCUGUUCAGUUUGUGGUCAAAAAUUCUCUGUGAAGGAAAGCUUAAAAUUACACACAAGAACCCACACUGGUGAGAAACCUUUUUCGUGCUCCGUUUGUGGUCAAAGAUUCUCUGUGAAGGGAAGCUUAAAAAUACACACAAGAACCCACACUGGCGAGAAACCUUUCGCCUGCACAGUUUGUGGUAAAACAUUUACUCGGAAGACAGAUUUAAAAGGACACACAAGAAUCCACACUGGCGAGAAACCUUUUUCCUGCUCAGUGUGUGGUCAACGAUUCUCUAAGAAGGAACACUUAAUAAGACACACGAGAACCCACACUGGUGAGAAACCUUUUGCCUGCUCAGUUUGUGGUCAAAGAUUCUCUGUAAAGGGAAGCUUAGAAGCACACACAAGAACUCACACUGGUGAGAAACCUUUUUCCUGCUCAGUUUGCGGUCAAAGAUUCACUCAGAAGGGACACUUAAAAUUACACACAACAACGCACACUGGUGAGAAACCUUUUUCGUGCUCAGUUUGUGGUCAAAGAUUCUCUUAUAAGUAUCAGGCUAAGACACACAAGUGUGCUGGUGAGAGUAGCAGUGAUCAAGAAGCUUUGAAUGCAAAUGUAAAUGUUUAAAAAAAGCAAUUACUAUGUUCCCGACUUACUAAAAUCUACCUUCUUGUAUUCUGUGUUCCAGCUUGUAUUGUAUCUUCUCGUUGUCCAUAUAUUUUCUGAAAGCCUCCUGCAAGCAACUGUUGAGAGUUAGCACUGUUUAGCUUAGUUUUAUAAUUUUAAUGACAUCCUAUUAAAUUCGUCAUUUUUCAGCACAUUACAGCGAGCUGUAUUUUAUUUUUUUUAAAUGAUUAUUUCCUGAAAGGUUGUCAUUUUGAAGGUGAGGGGAUUCUACAAGACAGCUGCGAUAUAUAAGAUAUGACUAAUUACUGCCACGUUAUAAUAUAGUACAUUACUUUUUCCCACAGCAGCUAUGCUAGUGCUUUUGCAAUUUUCGACUUUGCCGAUGAAAAGGGGGCGUUUGAAAGGGAAUUAGUUAUUUACCAAUUGCUCCAAAACGUAUUAUUAUUGGAAAUUACAGCAUUUAAUUUUCUUGUGCAAAAAAUACAUCAAAUGAACUCGUUAGUGAAAAAUUGACCAUUAAGACAUAUACUUAAUAUACUAUGUUUUAGUGAAGUUAAUAUCAAAUAAGUGAAUGAUUGAAGAAACUUCUACCUUUGGUGGCAAACUGUAAAGUGGAUGUGUGAUCCUUAAUAAAAUACUCCUCUUCAAACAGUGA